AUGCCAUUCCCCUUUGGAAAAUCUCAUAAGUCUCCUGCAGACAUAGUGAAGAAUCUGAAGGAAAGUAUGGCAGUUCUGGAAAAGCAAGAUAUAUCUGACAAGAAGGCAGAAAAGGCCACAGAGGAGGUUUCCAAAAAUCUCGUUGCCAUGAAAGAAAUCCUUUAUGGCACAAACGAGAAAGAGCCUCAGACAGAAGCUGUGGCACAGCUUGCUCAAGAACUCUACAACAGUGGCCUUCUCAGCACCCUUGUAGCUGAUUUGCAGCUCAUUGAUUUUGAGGGCAAAAAAGAUGUGGCUCAAAUUUUCAACAACAUCCUCAGAAGACAAAUUGGUACAAGGACUCCCACCGUUGAAUACAUCUGCACUCAACAGAAUAUAUUGUUCAUGUUAUUAAAAGGGUACGAAUCUCCAGAAAUUGCUCUAAAUUGUGGGAUUAUGUUAAGAGAAUGCAUCAGACAUGAGCCACUUGCAAAAAUCAUCCUGUGGUCAGAACAGUUUUACGAUUUCUUCAGAUAUGUUGAAAUGUCAACAUUUGACAUCGCUUCAGAUGCGUUUGCCACAUUCAAGGACUUGCUUACAAGACAUAAAUUGCUGAGUGCAGAAUUUUUGGAACAGCAUUACGAUAGGUUCUUUAGUGAAUACGAGAAGCUACUUCAUUCAGAAAAUUAUGUAACGAAAAGACAGUCACUCAAGCUCCUUGGUGAACUGCUAUUAGAUAGACACAACUUCACGAUUAUGACAAAAUACAUCAGUAAACCUGAAAAUCUCAAAUUAAUGAUGAACCUUCUACGAGACAAGAGUCGCAAUAUCCAGUUCGAGGCGUUUCAUGUCUUUAAGGUGUUUGUAGCCAAUCCUAACAAGACCCAGCCAAUAUUAGAUAUCCUUCUAAAGAACCAGACCAAACUUAUUGAGUUCCUCAGCAAGUUUCAGAAUGACAGGACCGAGGACGAACAAUUUAACGAUGAGAAGACCUAUUUAGUUAAACAGAUCAGGGAUUUGAAGAGACCAGCUCAACAAGAAGCUUAAUCUCCAAUAAACAUCUAAAAUAUUAAACAGAAAUUCAGCAUUUGCUGUUAGAUAUUCAGCAUCAGGCACUCUUUAUCGAUUUCAUGAGGAACAUUUCUGCUAAUCUGCUGUUCAGUGAACGGUUUUUCGUUUUACUUUUUUCAUUUUUUUAGCCCAAGUUGAAAAACAUAGCUGCUGCUUCUUGCACAUUAGAGCACAAUGUGGACUUUCUCUUGAUAUUUGUGUCAUUUCCGAAUUCAGAGACACCGCUUGUUUUAGGAGUCCUAAAGAAAUUCUAGUUUCAUGAAAGCAAACAUAUAGAUUAAUAGUUUGGUUUAGGAGUGAAGGUAUAAAUGUAGUUAAGUGGCAGGUUGCAUGCUUGCAAAUCUGAUUCAAUCUGUAUGUUUGCACUACCUUGUUUGAGAGAUGAGCACAAUGUGACCUGUGCAUACUUGGCACCAUAAUAUAAUCAGAUUGUAUGCCUUGAUUUAAAAAAAAAAUGUGCAGUGCUUUAUUUGUAAUCAAAGGGGAAGUGUAUCUACGAUGUGAGCUUUUGGGGAUAAACAGUCGUCUUGCAAAUACGUCUUGAACCUUAUAAACUUUUCAAAAGUAAAAACCUCAGAGGGUUCAUAAGGAAAUGUGUAUAUAUAUAUAUGCUUUUCACUGCUUUCUAGAAUUUUUUUUUGACUUUUGAUUUGAUUUUUCUGAGACUAGACUUGUUAAACAUUGAGAAGUUCAAGGGUUUGUGUUGUUUUACUUUGAAGGGAUUUUUAAGCAGUAAAGCCAGCAGAGACAUCCUGCGUUUCAUUUCAACAAUGCUUACUGGUUUCUUUUGUAUAUAACUCCUAGGCCGCUCAUUUCUUUAAAAUGAUUUAAUUUGUACAGCAGAGGAAUGUUAUUGUAUUAGUCUGUAACUAUUACCUAAUAUUGAGUUUCUGCAAAAGUGAACGCUCAUAUGGAAUUGAAUACUUCGGAUCACAUGGAAAUGCUGAUUUGCUAUUUCCUAAAUUCCUGCAGCAUUAAAGAGGAAAGCACCAAAUUUUUUGUAUUCCUUAUCUAAUGAAGUGCCAUCAGUUAGAAAAGGCCAGAAUUUGGAACUGGAUCCCAGGAAAACUGUACUCCAACUGGGUAGUACUGGCCUUCUUCAUUUGAAAUGUUAUGAACUCGUCAUAUCUUCAAAUGAUAAAGAUUAUGCUAGAUUAAUGCUGAUUUGGGGAUUUUUUGGGGGGGAGGGAAGAGGGAGCCUCUGUAGAGCACCUUUUCAUUCUUAGAGUAAGUAAUCCAGUAUAAUAGCUGUGAGACUGAAUAAUUUAAAACUUUUGCUUCUCUGGGUUAAAAAGUUCUUAUCCUUAGAUCCCUAAAGAAAAAAAAAAAUCCUUUUUCUGCCUCUUGUUCCUUUAAUGCUGCCCAUUAUCAGUAUUUAUGAAGCAACACUGAUUUUGCAUCACUUUUUUGUUACUGUGUCCACAGCAGAACAACUACAAGAAUAUAGCUAAAGUUAUUAGAAUGGUAUCUGUUCAUUUUCUAGUGAUGCUAAGAUCACAAUUAGUAAACUUAGAGAUCAGAAUUUGCCACUUUAAAUUCAGCACGACUGCAGCUGAUUGAAGAAGUUAUACAAUUAUUUGUCCUUCGUUAGCCUCUAUGCUAAUUAAAUUAUUUUCAUUUGUUAGAAUCGGACUCCCAAUUGAUGUUUUAGUUCAUUUUAAAGCCUUCGUGAGGGAAGCUGGGUAAUGAAAUGACGACUUCAGGAAAUUGAUGUGUUCUGUUCUGGUUAAUUAAAAAUGACUCUUAAUAUUAUAAUUGGUCUUUUUUCCAUGCUCUGAAACUGUCCCAGACAAGGUAAUUGUAAUCUGGUAUUGAACCUCUGGAAAAUCAACUCUCUUACGUAUUUUGCAAGGCAUGGCUGGCCUCGAAGGUAGAUGGUUUUACAGCUCAGUACUUGUAUGUUUAGGUUUCGUUUAAGUCAGUGGUCGUGGCUGAGUGGAGGAAAACAUUGCUUGCCAAGAUGUUCUCCAGAACAUAAAAGUCUUCCACUUUGAAAAUAAAUACAAAUCCUGAAGGCUAAUGCAUAAAGCUGCAAAUGGGAUAAAAAGCAUAGAGUGGAGCGCUACUUUCUAACGAUUAUAUUUGGGAUCUAUCUGGAGAGAGUUGCUAUGGUACUUUUUAUUUUCCUUUCCUAAACUUUGUCAAAACAUUUGAGGGUUUGCAUCGAAGAAAGAGUUGUAUUUAGAGUUGUGAUCAUUUAAUAGGUUCCUGUUAAAAAACGAUUGUACUGGAAAUGGUUUCUUCUCACUUCGAUAUAAAGGCUUAAGAUGCUAAAACAAUAAUUUCAUGUGACUCACCCUUUAAAAUAAAAGUAGAGAUGUAUACAGUUGUAACUACUUAAAAGCGUUUCAUUCCUCCUGAGGAAAGUGAAUUUCUUACCAGAAAAUCUGGCUGGCCCUGUAAUUUAAAUUGAAAUAAAAUUUUGAAGAAAUGAAA